AUGUCCCUUUUCGCUAUACAAGCUGCAGCAGACAAGUUUGUCGCUGAUAUGAUCCAGGCUGCUAUCAAACAAGACCCAAAACUCCAAUUCCAGUGGUGGUUCCCAUUGGUCGAGAGUGUAACUGCCGUUGAAUUCCAUCAGAACCAAGAUUGGUUCAUUAAGGUCGACAAAGACAAAUCGGGAACUCUUGACGCCAAGGAAAUCGUGAAAGCUAAAUUCCCAGGUGACAUUAAAAUUGACGAGACUACCACUAAAAGACUUAUUAGAGUCUUCGACGUCGACUGCUCGGGCUCAAUUGGAUUCAUCGAGUUCUUGGCACUCUAUAACUUCGUCAAGCUCUGCCUCGACACAUUCAAACACUUCGACUCCGAUAAGGGUGGAUCCCUCGACAACAAAGAAAUGGCCAAAGCACUCCCCGCUCUUGGAUUCAACUGCAGCAAAAGAUCUAUUGAUACUCUUCUCAAGCUCAACUCAUGCCUUGGCAAGAAGGUCUCGAAAAACCAAUUCGUCGCUGCAGCAGCUUAUCUUGGACAAUGCAGAUCAAUUUACCAGAGAACCUUCGAUAUGAAAAGAACUGAAAUCGACAACAGAGAGUUCGACAAGUUCGUCGACUUAGUCCUCUCUUUGGUCGACUAA